AUGGAAGACGAUGCAAGUUUCCAAGGUUUUUAUCUUGAAGAAAGGUAAUGUUGCUAUUUUUGUGUUUGCUUGCAAUCUUGCUUUGCAAAUCAAUUUUUACAAGGCUUCAAGUUUGCGUAUGUCUUAAGUGCCAUCAAGUUUGUGAUGAAAUUGGCUAUGAAGCUCUCUAUUUCACAUGUACAGGUGUAUGUUCUUUGUUCUGGACUUGCAUGUAUGUGUAACUGAGUUACAUUGUUAGUAUUGCUUUAUUUAUUUUUUCUAUUUACCGGUAUUUAAUAAAAUCUUUAUUUAUUUAUUUUUCAGCACCAACUCAGCAAGAAAUAAGGAGGCAUUUGCCUCAGUAGCAGAAGCUAUUAACAAUGACUACGGUGGAGCUGAACAAUGUCCAUGGUCCCCCGCUCAACUCAAAGGUUAAUAAUAAUUACCUUGUCAAAUGUAAAAAUUGUUAUUUUUCAUUUUCGAGCAUUGAAAAGGUACAGUGUUACAUGUAUUUAGCAUUUUCACUAUAAUAGUGUUAUAUGUAGCUUGAUACAUGUAUAGUAAUAACCAUAACAUCCAAAACAUCCAAACUAAAUUUUAUUGUUUCUUUAGCUAUUUUUAACUUACUUGAGAAGCCUGAAGGAUGGUGAAAAAAGGAAAAAAAAGCCAGGGAAGGUCAAACACAAAAUCAUUUGCAGGAGACAAGGACGAUUACUAGAGGUAAUCCUGAGUUGAGUACAACUUUAGAUAACACGGAUUGGCUUCUGUUAUCAUUGGUGCAAGACAUUAAGUGUUCACACAUUAACAACUGUUGACUGGUUUUAGUUUAACUUCUUUGUAACACUAGUUAAAACCCAUAGGGGAACACAGUGAGCAUUUGCAAACACUGUGACAAGAAGAUACCGUUUGGCUUUCUUUUUGUAAAACAUUCUUGUAGUUUGAUAAACAGUUUUAAACUGUUCAUUUUCUAUGCAACUUGCAAAUGAGCAAUUCAAUUUCUGUCAAGACAUAAAUUUAAAAGUCUGAUUUAUUUUGCAAAUAAAUUGCUCGACGACUCUCUGUAGCUGAGCGGAUGGACUGGGACGAUGCAAAGAAGGACAGAUGCCAAGAGUACCUAACAAUUGACUAUACCAGCUCUGAUGAAAGCGAGCUUUCGGAAGACGAA